AUGACAGUUAACAACAGUAUAGACGAUCAUGUCCAUCAGGCGAUACAGGAUUUCGCCUGGAAUCGAACCCUGCACCAAACAUUGUCAACGUUCAUCGCAGUAGUGGGAACGAUACUAAAUUUGAUAGCUAUAUCUGUGUUGGUCAAAGGAGGGCUUUACAGACAAAGUCCGUUCAAAUUUGUACUGAACUUGUUUGUCAGUAAUCUUUUCAUGUGUUCAGUGUGUCUGCCUAUUAUUUCCUCGUACACGUUUUCGGAACAUUUGGAAAACAAUGGAGUCUGUUCGUUCUAUGGAUAUAUCAUUUACAGUAUACUAGGAACCGCUGUUCUCAACAUUGUACUUAUCUCACUGAAUCGCUAUUUUUUAAUUGUGAGGUUCACUCUGUAUCGAAAAAUUUACACUGCUAGAAACAUCAGGAUAAUGCUGGCCGUCGUCUGGACAUUCUAUCCUAUUUUGUUUCUUUUUCCACUGUCGGGGAUCUGGGGAUCAUUUUCGUACGACAGGUUCAGGUUUAUAUGUCACCCCGUACACUCCAGUGAUGGCUUCCGAGAUUUUGCUUUCACUAUUACAUUACUUCUCACAGUUCCGUCUAUUUUAUUCUGCUACAUCGAAAUUCUCAAAAAAGUCAACUCGACCUUCCGACGAGUGCGUAAUUUGCAAAGGGCACAGGCUCGCAGGUUAAGGAAUGAAAGACAAUUGGUGCGGACUAUUUUGGUAACCAUUAUAUUGUUCUCUUGCAUGAAUCUCCCUUUUAUUGUGUUAUCUAUUGCAGACCCUUACAUGGACAAGGCGAGCCUCGCAGCCCAUGGCUUUGUGAUAUAUCUUGGAUGGUCCAAUGCUGUAAUCAACCCAAUGAUUUACUCAAUACUGAACAAUCAAAUUAAAUCUUCCUUACUAGACAUUAUAGGAAAAAUACUGAAGAGAAAUUCUCGCAGGAUUUUCCCAUCAGAAAUGCCAAAACUUGAAAUAAGGGUAAUUUCUUUACCACUUCAAGAAUCGAGCGUCUUCGUGGAAGUUAGAGAAAUAAAGUAUCCCAACUGA